UGGUCCUGGAGGACUAGGGACCGACCCGCGCUGGCGCUGCAAGUUCGCGCCUCGGGAUGGGGUGGGUGGGGCCCGCCGCGUCGCCAUGGCAACCCGGCGGCGCCCUGAGGCCGUCGUGCUCCGAGCUGCCGGCUGGACCCCUGGGACAGCGCCGCGCGCAGAUUAUAAAACCCGAAGUAUAAGCCAGAUGUAGAAGUUUCUUGACAUGGAGAACCAAGCCCAUAAUACAGCAGGUUUGAGGCUACAGUCUACCACGGAGGGGGACUCCUGACACAAGGAUCGUGUCGCAGCUGGUCACGGUGCAUCUAUUGUCAGAAGCAGAGAGAGAAGAACCUGGUGCUUGUCCUGCUCUCCUUCUACAGACUGGGGCUCCAGCCCAUGGGAUGGUAAUGCCCACACUUAUGCACUUCUCCUUGUGAAGCUGAACUUCAGGAAUUAGUGGAACAAAUCGACAUCAUGGUAAGCAACACAAAAUUGGACUGGGAAAGAAAGAUUCGGGCUUUGGAGACAAGGUUGGACCUUCGGGAUCAAGAGUUGGCCAACGCACAGACUUGCCUGGAUCAGAAAGGUCAAGAGGUGGGGUUACUUCGACAGAAGUUGGACAGUCUAGAAAAACAUAACUUAGCAAUGACUCGGAAUUAUGAAGGACAGCUUCAAACUCUGAAAGCUCAAUUUUCUAAGCUAACUAGAAACUUUGAAAACCUGAGACUGCAUCAGAUGAAGCAAAACAAAGUUCACCGAAAGGAAUUCCCUGAUAAAGAAGAAAUGCCCUUUGAACUAAGCAAUCUGAACCAGAAACUGGAGGAAUUUAGAGCAAAGUCAAGGGAGUGGGACAAGCAGGAGCUACUAUACCAGACUCACCUGGUGUCUUUAGAUGCACAACAGAAACUACUGUCUGAAAAAUGUAGUCAAUUUCAGAGACAGGCACAAAAUUACCAAACUCAACUAAACGGGAAAAGACAAUGCACCGAAGACAGCAGCCCUGAAAUCCCUUGCUUAGUGUGUGAAGCAGAUUCCAGCUGUGAAGCCAGUGAAAGAGACGAAUUCAUUAUUGAAAAAUUAAAAUCAGCUGUGAGUGAAAUUGCAUUAAGCAGGAACAAGUUACAAGAUGAAAACCAGAGGCUCUUACAAGAGCUGAAAAUGUACCAGAGGCAGUGCCAGGCCAUGGAGGUAGGACUCUCGGAGGCAAAGAAUGAGCUACAGUCACGUGACGAUCUAUUGAGGAUUAUAGAAAUGGAAAGAUUUCAUCUACACAGAGAGCUGUUGAAGUUAGGAGAAAUCCAAAAUAGUCCAGACAGUAAGAAAAGGGUUGAAUUGUCCUACUCUGCUUCUAUUAAAGAACCGGAAAGGAAGAGGAGAGAGCUGUUCCCCACAGUUUCAGACCAACCAAACCAUGAACAAGAAUUAAACAAGAUGCGAGGUGACCUGUACCAGGAGAAAGACUACCACAGCUCUGUACAUGAAAGGAUGAGGGAUGAGAUCUCCGGCCUCACCCAGGAGCUGCAUCAGAAGGAGGUCACCAUAGCAACUGUCAUGAAGAAAGCUGCCCUUCUGGAAAGACAGCUAAAGACAGAAUUAGAAAUAAAGGAAAAAAUGUUAGCAAAGCAACAGGUCUCAGGUACGAGGUCCAAAGCUGUUGGAACAGAAAACACACACCUGAAAGGAAUGAUGGGAGAUUUAGACCCUGCACUGUACAUGAGCAUGGAGUUCACCAACAGGGAGCGUUUAAGGUAUGCGUCUAUUAACAAACCGGAAAGUGAGAAUGAACGACUCCGAAGCUGCCUCGCAAAGCUUCAUGUCAAUGGAAAACCAGCACAGCCUACCCAGGAAAGCUGUGAGGAAGCAGGAAGCUACGCCUGCCAGAGCCCGGCGAAAGUGGAAACCAGUGAAGACAGGCUUAGCCAAGACUGUGAACCUGACCAGAGCCCGUCACCUCCCUUCCCACCUUUGCCAUUUCAAACCAAAGGAAUGGCAAGUGUCCUGCUUAGUGAUGAGGAAGUCUUCCCUCUGUCUCUGCCAGAUCUCUCCUUCCCGGCCUCCCUGGCUGCGCAGCACUUCCUGCUGGAGGAAGAAAGGCGGGCCAAGGAGCUUGAGAAACUGCUAAACACGCACAUCGAUGAGCUGCAGAGACACACCGAGUUCACACUCAAUAAAUACACCAAACUGAAGCACAACAGACACAUGUGAGCUGUCAGCCUCUUUUAUCCGCCCCCCCCCCCACACACACACAGAGCUGUGGCAAAAUAUUUGCAAAGCUGAUUCGUGAAACUGGGAAAUUUUGUUGUCUUGAGUAAAUCAUUUCUCAUUGGCUAGAAAAUCGCAGUACGUUGGAUAAAGCUGCCUGUGUUCCUGCAUUCCAUGUACCGAAUUGCUAUUAGUAUAGAAAACAUGUAACCACCCAAAGAGGGUUUCUGUUUUCCAAGUUAUGGAAUGGUUUGGAAUUAAAAAUGCAUCCUCUUCUGACUUGAAUCAUGUCUGUCAAAGUCUCAACUCCCCAGCAACAGGAAACAAGGGAACGGGCAGAGCCAACUUCAAACCAUGGAAGCCAAGCGGCCGCACUGUGCUGAGCGCAAAACUCAAGGACUUGUUAAAAUGAGAAACAUUUAGAUUUGUCGGACUACGUAAACUACCUUAAGAUUUGUUUUAGGAAAAAACAGCCUUUACCAUUUUUAUAUUCAUCUUUAUGUCUCUCUCCCAUAAGACUGUGAAGGACACAGAUGGACCACAUGCUCAGGGAAAUCCCUGUGCCUGAAAGGGAUGCUGUGCUGCAGCACCAACGCCUUCAUGGACAUGAGCAAGACACAAAAAUCAGAGUGCCACUCCCGCCCCAGUCUCCUUUAUAAUCACCCGUUUAUA